CUUGGUCAAGUGUAAAGAAAGAACACCGAUAAAACGCCGUCGAACUACUCCGGACGGGAAGCACCUCCAAUCCCCUCGCCCCCACGGACCCUCGCCGCCGGGGAAGCGCCGCUCGCUCAGGAGGACAGCCAUGGCGCCGGAGCCGGAGGAUGAUAUUAUGAACGAGAAGAAUCCCCGCCCGCUCGACGAGGACGACAUCGCGCUCCUCAAAACCUAUGGGCUUGGGCCGUACUCGACUAGCAUUAAGAAGGUCGAGAAGGAGAUCAAGGAAAUGGCCAAGAAAAUCAAUGACCUUUGUGGUAUAAAGGAGUCUGAUACAGGGUUGGCUCCACCUAGCCAGUGGGAUUUGGUUUCAGAUAAACAGAUGAUGCAAGAAGAACAACCGUUACAAGUGGCAAGGUGUACAAAGAUCAUAAGCCCUAAUACGGAUGAUGCCAAAUAUGUUAUAAAUGUAAAACAAAUCGCAAAAUUUGUUGUUGGACUGGGGGAUAAAGUGUCUCCAACUGACAUCGAGGAAGGGAUGAGGGUCGGUGUUGAUCGCAACAAGUACCAGAUUCAAAUCCCUCUUCCACCAAAAAUUGACCCAAGUGUUACCAUGAUGACCGUGGAGGAAAAGCCAGAUGUGACGUACAAUGAUGUUGGUGGCUGCAAGGAGCAGAUUGAGAAAAUGCGUGAAGUUGUUGAACUUCCUAUGCUUCACCCAGAAAAGUUUGUCAAGCUUGGUAUUGAUCCUCCAAAAGGCGUCCUUUGCUAUGGCCCACCUGGCACUGGCAAGACACUUCUUGCAAGAGCUGUAGCAAAUCGGACUGAUGCUUGUUUCAUCCGUGUAAUUGGAAGUGAGUUAGUUCAGAAGUAUGUCGGCGAAGGUGCUCGGAUGGUCAGGGAACUUUUCCAGAUGGCCCGCUCAAAGAAAGCGUGCAUUGUAUUCUUCGAUGAAGUUGAUGCUAUUGGUGGUGCUCGUUUUGAUGAUGGGGUGGGUGGCGACAAUGAGGUGCAGCGUACAAUGUUGGAAAUAGUAAACCAGCUUGAUGGGUUUGAUGCAAGAGGGAACAUCAAAGUUCUCAUGGCCACUAAUAGGCCUGAUACAUUGGAUCCUGCACUUCUGCGUCCUGGUCGUCUGGACAGAAAGGUAGAAUUCGGGCUACCUGACCUGGAGGGCCGUACCCAAAUCUUUAAGAUCCAUACACGCACCAUGAACUGCGAGCGAGAUAUUCGUUUCGAGCUUCUGGCACGGCUCUGCCCCAACUCUACUGGAGCGGAUAUAAGGAGCGUCUGCACAGAAGCCGGGAUGUAUGCCAUUCGUGCCCGCAGGAAAACGGUGACAGAGAAGGAUUUUCUCGAUGCUGUCAAUAAGGUCAUCAAGGGCUACCAGAAAUUCAGUGCAACACCCAAGUAUAUGGUGUACAACUAGAGAGUGUCUUCAUGGAAUAUGUUGAUUUUAGAACUCCGGGAUCUUUUCGGUGAUUGUGUCAUCGUGAGGUUCUAUGCAAGGAUUGUUGUUUGUUUUGAAAUCUGGAUCCCCAGGGAUUGCAUCCUGUACCACAUGUUUUUAAGACAAGGUUAUCCGCUUGGUGGUUCACUGUACCUGUGGCAAUUGUUGCCGACACCGAACUGAACAUAAAGUCAGAAACAGGCUACAGUGAGUGUUGAAAAGGAAGAAAUACAGUGGGUGCCUGUUUAAAU